UGAAAGCGUGGUUAAUCGCGACAUGCCGGGGUUGUUUAAAAGUUGAGGUUAUGUAAUACACAAUCUUAACCCUGACAAGUAACAAACAAACUGAGACAAUGAAUAAGAUACUGUCACGACCGAUAAAACAAGUGAGUAACAAACUGAAUGCCGGCGAAUUGAAGCCAUCCGAGAUUUGCAGAGCCGCGGUGAAGCUGGCAAAUGCGUCAAAGCCGCUAAACGCGUAUAUUUGUGUGACCGGAGGAUCGGCAGAGUUGCAGGCACAGGAAUCAGAUGCUAGAUACGCCGAAAGUCAGCCUCUAGGAACCCUCGAUGGAAUUCCAAUAGCGAUCAAGGAUAACUUUUGUACAAGUGGCACAGCAACGACCUGCGCAUCUUUGAUGCUGGCUAAUUUUGUUCCUGAAUAUGACGCUACGGUAUAUAGCCGUUUAAAGAAUGUUGGAGCAGUUUUGAUCGGUAAGACUAAUCUCGAUCAGUUUGCCAUGGGCUCAGGGACAAUAGACUCGUAUUUUGGGCCGACAAAAAAUUUGUGGAAAUCGACCUUUAUGAACAAUUACUUUUGUCACCCUUCCUCCGAGUCAGAAACAAGCAACAAGGAAACCAGCGAUGUUCCAGACAAUUGGCACAUCGCUGGGGGGAGUAGCGGAGGUUCAGCCAUCGCCGUUGCCACAGGGUCCUGUUACGCCGCUCUAGGUUCAGACACUGGAGGCUCGACUCGAAAUCCAGCAUCCUACUGUGGGCUUGUUGGCCUCAAACCAACCUAUGGCUUGGUGUCUCGUCACGGUUUGAUUCCACUUGUGAAUUCGAUGGAUGUGCCUGGAAUAAUUACUAGAAAAAUAGAUGACGCAGUUCUGGUGCUGAACGCCAUCGCUGGGCCCGACGAUUUUGACUCGACGAUGCUAAAGAAGGAAUUCACCCCAAUCGAAUUGCCGGAAUGUCCAAGCGUAGACGGCCUGAGGAUAGGAAUUCCAAAGCAGUACAAGCCAUCAGGGCUGAACGUGGAAGUUGAAAAAUGCUUGCUAGAUGUAUCUAAGCACUUGGAAGAGGGGGGAGCAAAAAUAGUUCCUGUAUCUAUGCCCCACACGGAGCACUCUAUUGUUUGUUACUCAGUUCUAAAUCAAUGCGAGGUCGCGAGCAACAUGGCUCGUUACGAUGGCAUUGAAUACGGACUUAGGGUAGACCAGAACGAGUCUACGGAGCAACUUUAUGCCGAGACGAGGUGCAAAGGGUUUAACGAAGUAGUGAGGAGCAGGAUUUUGACGGGAAACUACUUCUUAUUGGCUGAAAAUUACGAAAACUAUUUUGUCAGGGCUAUGAAAGUGCGUAGGUUGAUUUACGAGGACUUUGAAAAAGUCUGGAACUCUGAUAUCGACUUGCUGCUCACUCCCACUACACUUACCGAUGCCCCAAGGUAUCGGGAAUUCAUCUCCAUGGAUAAUCAAACUCAGUGCUCGAUCCAGGAUGUCUGCACGCAGCCUGCAAACAUGGCAGGAGUUCCCGCUGUCAGUUUUCCUGUAAGGCUGUCUAGCAACGGGCUUCCCCUUUCUUUGCAACUUAUGGCUCCAGUUCUUCACGAACAACAGAUGCUCACUGCUGCCAAGUGGAUCGAACAAGUUCUACAGUUUCCAAAAAUUGUAUUAAAAGAUACAAGCUUAUUGAUGUAAAAAUAAUGAAUCACUCAACUGUAAAUAAAUCUAUUUAUUUAUCUUGUUA